CCAACGUCCAAAAAUCUCGGUACUUCACAAAAUUCCAGAGGAGGAUGAGGUCGGUGACUCCGGCGUCGAUGGUGGUCCGUGGCUGCCGGAGCUUCGUUGUUUCUUUGUCUCUGGCUCGAACGCUUCAAAUCUCCCAUUCAUAUCUUAAAAAGCACGACACCAAUUAUACUGUGAAAUGCUGUUCUCCGAUGAACACUCUUUCUACGGCACUUGCCCGUGAAUCCUCAAGAGCAGACUUGACCAGCACAUCCACCACCUCUUCUUCCACUGGUGCGCCGCCAAGAGUUGAACACUUAGUUGUUUCAGAAGAUGGUUCUGUCUUAGAAUAUAUUUGCAAAGCUCUUGAUUUUCCUCCUUCGUUCGUUGCAGAUCUAAUCCGAUUUGGAGCUGUCUACUAUGCUCUUGUCUCUCCACAGCCUCCUCCUACUGCUACUCAAGAGCAAAUUAGGGUAUUCAAAGAAGCAACAGAACCAUCAGUUUUGAAAAACAGAUCUAACAUCAAAGGGAAGACCAUACAACAGGCACAGAAGACUUCCCGUGUAACCAAUGGAGAUCAGUUCGUAGAAACAGGAACCUAUUUAAGAGUAUAUGUAUACCCCAAACGAUUUCCACGGUGCUAUGAGAUCGAUUGGAGAUCAAGAAUCAUAGCUGUGGCCGAGUCGUAUGUGGUUUUGGACAAACCUGCUGGAACAUCAGUUGGUGGCACUACUAAUAACAUUGAAGAAACCUGUGCAAUGUUUGCAACUCGUGCCUUGGGACUCACGAUGCCUUUGUUGACUACCCAUCAGAUUGAUAAUUGCACUGAAGGAUGUGUGGUAUUGGCAAGAACUAAAGAAUAUUGCUCUAUCUUUCAUGGUAAAAUCAGGGAGAAAAAGGUGAAGAAGCUAUAUCUUGCUCUUGCAGUUGCUCCUCUGCCCCGUGGAAUUAUUACCCACUACAUGCGUCCGGUAAAAAGGGCUCCUCGUCUUAUUUCUGAAGAUUAUAUGGAGGGAUGGCACUUGUGUCAGCUUGAGGUCAUGGAAUGCAGAAAGGUCCCCUGGCCAAGAACUGUUAUUCAAGAAAAGUACUGUAUUGAGGGAUGUGGAUGGCCUUCCCAAGAUUAUGCAUAUGAGUGUAAAAUCAACCUCCUUACUGGUAAAACUCAUCAGAUUCGAGCCCAAUUUGGUGCAUGUAAGGCACCGUUGAUUGGUGAUUCUAUGUACAUGCCAGCUGCACUUGCAGAGAUAGCAAAUCCUAGACUUAAUCCAUUUGGAAGGCAAAAGACAGAUUUUAGCAGUGACAGUGAAAAGGAAAUGGCUAUCUUCAAUUGGAUUGCACAACAUGGGAAGGAACCAGGUGUGGCAAUUGGCCUUCAAGCUUGUGAAGUAUCUUGGGAUGAUGGUGAACACUUUUACAAAGCUGGAUCACCUUGGUGGAGUGGUGAACAUGAUUAGAGUCUGUGCUUAAUGACAAUUAUGAUUCCAAUCAUUAUGAGAGAUGGAUUGCGUAACAUAAAUCCAUAUGUAUCCCUAAAGAAGUAAGGAUGCAAAUUCCACAAGUUCCUUAAAUUUAGAAAAUGUAGAUAUUAGAUUGUACUAUCCUCUGCUUAUGUAUCCUUCAGUAGUCUACUUGAAAUGGAAAGAUAGAGAAUAUGUAAUUAAUGAAUUUAACGACCUUUCUAGAAAGGAAUUGAAGUUGCAGGUUCUGCUUUAAGAUUGA